CUCUUGUUUUUAUGCCACAGCACAGCACAGCAGCCUGCUAUCUGUUGCUCAGUGCACCUUGAUUCACCAUGGCUCAGUUUGUCAUUUUUAUUUUCAUGCUCAUGAUGCCUGCUGUGUCUGCAAAACAUUACUUUAGAGGGAGGGCAAGUUGUUACCAUCCGGUGCCCAGGAAACAUGACUUUGGUGUAAAAACUGCAGCUCGUCCUCAUGAACUCCUGAACCUCGCUCAGCUGCCAAAGUCCUGGGACUGGAGGAAUGUCAACGGCGUGAACUAUGUCAGCACCACUCGCAACCAGCACAUCCCUCAGUACUGUGGCUCCUGCUGGGCUCACGGUAGCACCAGUGCCAUGGCAGAUCGUAUCAACAUUAAAAGGGAAGGAGCGUGGCCAUCUGCUUAUCUGUCUGUCCAACAUGUGGUCGACUGCGCUGAGUCCGGCACCUGUAACGGAGGAGACCACGGGGGAGUGUGGGAGUAUGCCCACAAACAUGGCGUCCCUGAUGAGACCUGCAACAACUACCAGGCGAUUGACCAAAAAUGCAAACCUUUCAAUGCCUGUGGGACUUGCACCACUUUUGGGAUUUGCAACAUUGUGCAGAACUACACUCUGUGGAGAGUGGCUGACUUUGGAGCCAUUAAUGGACGUGAUGCUAUGAUGGCAGAAAUCUUCACAGGCGGGCCAAUCAGCUGUGGAAUAAUGGCCACUGACAAACUUGACAUGUACGACGGGGGUCUGUACUCCGAGUACUUUGAGUCUCCUGAGAUCAACCACAUCGUGUCAGUCGCAGGAUGGGGAGUCGAAAACGGCACAGAGUACUGGAUUGUGCGCAACUCCUGGGGAGAGCCAUGGGGCGAGCGAGGCUGGCUCAGGAUUGUGACGAGUGCCUACAAAGGAGGAAGUGGAAGCAAGUACAACCUUGCUCUGGAGGAAGACUGUAUGUAUGGAGAUAUGAUUGUACCCUCAACGUACUCAUAACCACACAUCCUUCCCUGAUGCCAGGACUGACUCUGUUCAGAGCCUCCAUGAUGGCAAGAUUUGAACCAAAUUAGUUUUAACUGCCGACAUCAGAAAUAAAACUCAUUGUGCUGAU